AGAUGAGGUUACAUUGCUAAAAGGAAUCUCGCUGAAAGCAUCUAUUCUGGGUUGGAGAUGUCCGCAGUCGCAGGGAAAGUGUUAGUUCAAGUUGAAUUUGACUAUGAGUACACAAGGGAUGGGAGACUCAUCUCUAUUAAGCAAAAUGAACGAUAUAUUCUUGUCUCAAAAACCAAUGACAACUGGUGGUAUGUUAGAAAGGAUUCCCAUUCCAAAGCAUUCUAUCUGCCAGCACAAUAUGUGAGGGAAUUGCCUCCAGAAGCUCCAGCCUCUUCUGGGGUUCAGUCCCUGGAUGGAUCUGACUGUACUAAAAACCAAAAUGGAUGCGAGGCAACGGAUACAGCAGGUGUAAUAAAAAACUAUUGUGAAAUUGGGGAAAAUCAGCUGCUUCACCAAGACCAACCAGGGAAGGAUAACUGCAGUUCUGAUCUAAUCCAGGAGAAAAAGAACCAGAUCAACUCAAGUCCUGCUAAAGACAAGGAUCUUCCACUCAAUCCACUAGGCAACAAUAGCCCUCCAACAGUGUGUGUCUCAGCAAACUCUCCACCAAGUUCGACCAUGUCACCUCAUUUGCUCCCAUGUUACAGUGAAGUACACAGACCUGUUGUGAACAAUAAAGAAUCCAAGAAUGCAAAGUUUGCCUCUGCAAAAGCAUCGAAAUGGCAAAGCUCCACAGUCAGGGUCCGUCCCAAACAGCAAGGUAACCACACCCAAAGGCUUAGCCUGGUAGGAACCUUCAGUCCAGCACAGCUGGCUUUCAAUCCACAGAACCUAGAUUUCAAUCUCAGACUCAGUGCGGGAAAAGACAUCGAUCGAUCAGAACAGGUCAAUCCAUGCCAAAGUUCCAGCUUUAAUCAUGAGAUCAGUUCCAAAAAAUAUCCUUCAACAGAGACCAUUGCCACGACAUUGGAAUGCCCGAGAACUGCAGAGAGAAAGGAUGUAAUGAACUCCAAGUUCUUACCACAAACACCAAAACAUGAUUCUGAAAAUGUUUAUGAAUCGAUUCCAGACUUUCCAAAAUCAAAGUCUAAAGCACAAAAAGGAAAAGCCCAUGGCUCACCAAAGGCAUUUGAAGCUAAAUCGGAGGCAGUGUAUCAGAAUGUGGCAGAGCUGAGGCAGGAGCUUGCACAGGAACUGUCUGGUCUCAGCGAUAACUUGACCAGUCACCAAGAAGAAUGGGAAACACAUAUUGACCAGGCAACUGGACAGCCCUUCUACUAUAAUGUGGUGACUGGAGAGACUACCUGGGACUCCCCGUUCGAUAGCACAGACAGGAAGGAACCACAAACUCCACGUUCCCGCACUUCCAGUACAAGCAAUCCCUUUGUGGAAUGGGAAUCGCAUCUUGAUGAAAUUAGUGGUCAGCCCUACUACUACAACCCUGUAACUGGAGAGACCACGUGGGAACGACCGGAACAAAAGGAGGAAGAUACGACAGAGUGCAUGGAUAACCUCCGGGACCAGAGGCCUCCCACUCCAGAAGAGGAUUACCCAGAAUUUGUUGAGGACAGCCCUCCGGGUCACUUUGGGCCGUACUUGGGUCAUCGGCGACAGCCAUCAGCCUGGUCACAGGAUGAGUACAGCGAGCCACAGUCACCAGUGGAUUCACCAUUAUACCAACACAUAGAACCACAGGUUCCCCCAGGCUGGUCCUCUGAGCUGGAUCAAAAUGGACAGAUGUUUUAUACCAGUGAAGUUACGCAAGAAAAAUGGAUAAGGCAUGUUGACAGCAAUGGCAAGUUCUAUUAUUAUAAUCCAGAAGGAGCCAAAUCCGAGUGGGAACUUCCUCAGUAUGGAGCUCCCUUCAGUCAACUUAAUGCGGGGAAUGAAGUGGACCAAGAAGGAAACCUUGUUUUCUCAAACUGGCGCCAUGGCCUCGCACCGAAACCAGUGCUAUCAGUGCGUUACAAUACAGAGGAGAAGGGACCAAUAGUUAUGCACAGGCGAAAUGCGUCUGAUUACAGUGCUGAACUAGCACUUGGGAUUCGUGCUGAAAUCCUGCUUCCACACUCUCAAUCGUUGGACAAAGCUGGAAUUCUAAACAAAGCCAAGGUGGCAGAUAAUGGCAAGCGUAUGAGGAAGAACUGGGCAUCCUCAUGGACUGUGCUGCAGGGUGGAAUUCUGACCUUUUAUAAAGAUCCCAAGAAUCAGUCUGCAGGCACCUUGAAACAAGGUGCUGGCCAAUUUGUGUCUGAACAUACAGUUGAACUGAAAGGAGCGAGUAUUGGCUGGGCAGCAAAGGACAAAUCGAGCAAAAAGAAUGUCUUAGAGCUAAAAACCCGAAGGGGCUCAGAGUACCUCCUACAGUACGAUACAGAGUCCGUAAUCGGGGACUGGUUUAAGAUAAUCAAUGAAAGUAUCCAUCAACAGGUGGAUACUGUCAGCACAGAUGAAGUUGAUGCUGAUGUAGCUGGAUCUGAGAAACAUAACAGCAAAGAUAAAGAUGACAAGAGGAUUCGUGGGCCUCCCAGAAAUUCCUCAGUCAACAGCGCUGAAAGCACCGAUCACAAGAAAGUCAAGAUCAAAUUGAAAAGAUUCUUGCUGCGGAGACCAACGCUGCAAAGUGUGAGGGAAAAGGGUUAUAUCCAAGAUCAAGUAUUUGGUUGCUAUUUGGCGGACCUGUGCCAGCGGGAGAAUACCACAGUACCACGUUUUGUGAUGCAGUGCAUUCAAGCUGUAGAGAAACGAGGUUUGGACAUUGAUGGCUUGUACCGAGUCAGUGGGAACCUGGCGCUCAUACAGAAGCUACGUUUCAAAGUCAAUCAUGAUGAAAAUGUGAACUUGGAGGAAGGCCCAUGGGACGAUGUCCAUGUUAUCACUGGGGCCCUGAAACUCUUCUUCCGAGAACUGUCUGAGCCACUUUUCCCAUUCAAUUACUUUGAGAGUUUUAUCAACGCAAUGAAGUUGGGAGAUCCUGGACAGCGUUUGACAUACAUCAAAGACUUAAUCCAUUCGCUCCCUGUGUCCAACCAUGAUACCAUGCAAGUUCUCUUCAAACAUCUGUGCAAUGUGAUAGACUACCGCAAUCAGAAUCGAAUGAGUUCUCAGAGUAUGGCGAUUGUGUUUGGCCCCACCCUCCUGAGACCAGAGACAGAAACAGGAAACAUCGCAGUCCACAUGGUCUACCAGAACCAGAUUGUAGAGUUUAUUCUUAAUCAGUACCGACACCUUUUCAGCGAAAGCCGGGAGUUGACAGUUUUUAGAUGAGCAACAGAAUGGGACACUGUAGCCCAACACAGGACUGGUGUGUGUAUGUGUGUUGUAUGUGUGAGUGCAUUCCUAGAGUAAUAAGGAGCUAGAGGUGUCUGCAUGCAUUUAACCCAGCAGACAUGGCCUUAUGCAAAAAGAGGAAAGGCCGUAUCUCAGGACAUGAUCCGACUUAACUUCACAUUUAUAGGUGGAGAAGCAUUAUUCCAACUGGGUCAUAUUUUUGGUGGACAAUAUCUUGAGCCCUGAGGCACAGUAUGAGUGAGCCUUCCCAUCUGAUCGACAAAUUCGCUUUGCUGCUGUGCCUGUGGUUUUUGUUUUCAAUAUUCUGAGGUCCUUAUAUCUGGAUCCAGAAGAGGUGACAUGCUUAUUUCAACUUGCACCUGGAAGCAAUUUUUGGAGAAUAUCUUUCUGGCUGCUGCUUUCACUGUGUGGUUCAUGGUAGCCCUUGGGAUUCUGCCCAGCAGGAUUGUUUUGUAAUGAAUCAGCGCACAGCACUUUAAAGUGUGCUUCUCUCUCUCUAUUCUGAGGCAUUUUUACAUGUGAUCUGACAUCAGUAAUAAGAAACUGGAUCUAACUCCCCAAGGUAUUGGAUGUUCAUGUUUAUCUAUUGCUAUUUAUUGACUUUGUCUAUAAUAAUUAAAUGUGCAGUUUAUAAAAGCAUAUUGAAUUGGGAAAAUUGUAACACUGGAGGUUAUAUCACACAUGAGUAACUGAAACCUGUGGGACAAAGUCAUAAUGGAAAUGAUUUACCCAGGCUGUUAAGUCAGGUAGUCAGACAAGCUAAGGUUAAACUACUGGAGUUGGACUGAAUAUACCAUCUUCUUACAGCAAUGUAAUAGUGUAGUUUUCUCCAACGCUUCAAAGAAACUGUUUUGCUCAGAAAGGGCAUUCUGACUAUGGGCAAAAUGUAAAAUUAUGGUAGGCAGUAUGAAAUGGAGCUUAGCGAAGUUAGAAUGAGCAUUCUAGUAGUUAUGAAGAGUUAUCCUGUUGUGUAGUUUAUUUAAUGCUUAACUCCUGAUAUUCUCAGACUACUUGAUCAUCAAGGUAUUUUUUUUCCAGCAUAGAGACCUAGAUAAAAGGCCCAUUGUUCAGGAUACCAAUAAAGUUUGAGAAGAGUAGGAGGUCGAAUGAGGUAAAUGAAGUAGUGGUCAGACAAUGCCAGAUCUGUGGUUUAAAAUGAUACAUUACAGGAAAGGAAAGAGUCAGGAAUAUGGAAUUGUUGCUUUCCAAGAAAGGAAUUGGAAAAGAAUGGGUUUGACGCAGCAGUUCCAUCGUUCUGGUUUCCAUUUCUUUCUCUCCACCAUUUCAAAUAAUAUCAAUGAGAUGAAAUUUUAAUUUCCAAAAUAAUUAGAGUUGAUUUUCAAUUUUGCAAUUCCAGUGAGGAACCCCUCACUAACCAUGAAAUUGUGAAGACUUUGCCUUUGAUGUUCCAACCAUUAAAGGUAGAACAAACUUGGAAUGUUGCAAAUGUAUAAUGCUGGACCUAGUUAGUGAUAUGGCCAGAAAGGGUCAGCAAUGCUACGGAGCUCUGGAAGUGGACAAUAUCUGGAAGCUUGCUUAUACUGAAAGUGACUAUCAAUAGUCUUAAGAAAGGCACAAAAGAGAAGCUGAACAAUGAGAAAGAACUCAAGGAAGCAAUGUGGAGAAGGAUGAAAACUGACAUGGAGCAGAUGAUUCCCCUUGUGGGGAAAUCUAAAAUGAGAGUUUAUGGUUUUAGGACGGGGGGUAGCAGAUUUGGUACACAGAUGAGCAAGAAUUACUUUCCCUAAAGUGUUGUGAAUCUGUGGAAUUCAUCAGCCCAGAGCGUGGUGGAUGCUGGGACACUAAUUGGUAACAAUUAAAGAAUUAUGGGGAGUGUGCAGGAAAGUGAAAUUGAGGCCAAGAUGAGAUCAGCCAUGAUCGUAUCAAAUGGUAGAGCAGGCUCGAGGGGCUGAAUUACUAAGUCCUACUCUUAGUUCCUUUGUAAGAAUUAUUGAAAUACAGAGCAGGCUGGAAUGAUGGCUGACUUUUUGAGAGUUAUGAGACAUUAAAUGUGAAAUAGUUGUGCCCAGAGGGCAGGAGGAUCAGUAACCAGAAGACGCAGAUUUCAGAUUAUCAGCAAAAGAUGCAGAGCGUAGAUGACAGGCAACAUUUUUUUUUCAUUUCAGUAGGUUGUGAUCUGGAGAAGGCAGUUGAAUCAGAUUCAGUAAUGACUUAAAAUGAGCAAAUGGAGAUAUACUCAAAUAUCUGUGGAAUGAACAGCAUAGUGAGGCUAGGUGGAUAGCUCUGUCAAAAAGCCAGGAUAAGUCCAGUAGGGCUGAAUGACUUGAUUCUAUGUUGCAAGAUUCAGCAAUUCCCUGCAAAGUUUGGGUUAAGCUCAAUGUUACUCGAAAUAAGGGGAUGGAAAGCAUUGUGGGCAUAUGUAUCCCGUGUGGUAUAAACUGCAGGAAAUGUUGCAGUACAGUAGCUGCGGCAAUGUGACAUUCACAACAGUGUGAUCCAGCCAGAUGCAUCAGAGUUUAUAAACUGCCCUAGCAGUCUUAAUUCAGAUCCAUUGAUGUGCCAGUUUCACUCUAUAUUUGUAAAAAAAAGUCUGUGUUUAAGAAGAGAUAACAAGGUGUAGAGCUGGAUGAACACAG